GGAUAUCACUCAUAAGAAAUCGAGAUUAGUAGCUGUUUAUCCGUUUAGAUAGAAUCUAUCAUAUCGAACUAUCCAUAGAUCCAGAGAUCUAUUAGAUUCUAAAUCCAUCGAAAAUGUCAACACCGGCCAAAAGUUCCCCUAAAGAUGCACAAGUUAUGUCUGCUAUACUAAAAGACAUGGGAGUUCUGGAGUCCGAACCACGGCUUAUUAAUCAAAUGCUGGAAUUUACAUAUCGUUAUGUAACUGAUGUCUUGGAGGAUGCUAAAGUGUAUUCAAACCAUGCCAACAGGAAGUCAGUUGAUACAGAGGAUGUUAGGUUAGCCGUUCAGAUGAAAAUGGACCAUUCAUUCACUACACCUCCACCUAGAGAUCUGUUGAUGGAAAUUGCCAGACAAAAGAACUGCCAGCCUCUACCACUAGUAAAGUCUUACAUAGGACCCAGGCUGCCACCAGAUAGAUAUUGUCUCACUGCCCCUAACUACAAGUUGAAAACAAUUAAAAAGCCAAGAAGUGUCCAGUAUGGUUUACCUGUGAAUCCUAGAAUAGGUGUCAACACACAAGUCAAGACAUACACAGGUCCCACAUUGGCUGUUGUUACGAAGACCUUGACUCAGCCCACUGUGACUAUACUUAACAAGCCACAAACUGUUCCCAAACCAACAAUCAGAGUAAAUCCUGGUCUCGCUGGUAUCGGAGCAUCUGGCCUUAGCCGCAUCAUUAGUACCAGCAAUAUCAACUUGAGUCAGCCAAGUACCACAACCACAUUGACUUCGUUGACCACACCAUCAGUAACACCAUCCCCAUCUGCGACAGUCACUGUUAACCCACUUAAGAGGAAGCUGGAUGAAGAUGACUAUGACAACAUAUGAUAUGUAUGUCUAUUUAUACCAAAACAAUGCCACUCAAGCAUACUGGAUUAUUUUAAUGGAAGGCAGUUAAAGGAAGUUUUUAUUUUUUGAAAAUGCAUGUCAUGAGGAAACUUGUGUUAGAUUGUUACGGAUUAUAAAUGUUAUUCUUGUGUGAUUAAAUUUCAUGCUGUUUAUGGUCGUUAUAUUUCAGUUGACUGCUAUAAGAUGUAUUUGACUGUAAAUUUAUAAUAUGAGAUGUUUAAUGGAAGGUAUCAUUUAUAAUUGAUUAAAUAUGGUUUCUUUUUUAAAAGUGGAAACAAAAAAUAAUCAUAAAAGAAUGUAACAACUGGAAUAUUUCUCUGUGCAUUUGUAGCACACUUGAAGGCAUACAUUUUACACUAUUUUCUUCUUAUCUUUUUGCCUUGAUUAUACCAAAUGGUUUGUAAUCUAUGAGCUAUCAUUUUCCCUUUCAGACCUUGCAACUUAUAGGGCUGAUGAUUUGUUUGAUCAUUUGUUUAUGUGGCACACAAUAAACAAGGGUAUAAUGUGGCCAACAGAGUGACCAGCUGCCUUUUGUUUUCCCCAAACUAAUGCCAGGUAGCCAUUAGAGUUGGGUGGACUGAGAGGCGCCCUAAAGGUUCCAAAAAUAAAAAUCCUAGGAUUCAAACACUGAACUAUUGUGGAAAAAUUUGACUUCCUUGGUCAUGGAACCUUGCCUUUUCCUAGCCCUCCAAGUUUAGAGAGUUUAUUAUUCUGUCUCUUGCUGAGCUAAAUGACCAUAUUAUGUAUUAGUAUGAGUAAUGAUUUGUCUGACCCACAUGUAAUUGUUUCUUGUGUAUAUUUAAAUAUAUAAUAUACAUAGAGUGAUAGAGACCAAAGUAAAUAUGAACAGUUGUACUACUAAUAAAACUUGUUGCUGUAAGUUGAAA